UUAAUCCCACUACUGAUUACAUUGUCCUAAUGCUUUGCCUGCUAUAGUUGUAUUAUCCAAGAUAGCCCUGAGUUUGGACAACAGAUUAAGAACAUGAACAAGAUCUACUCCCAGGCCGCGUGGUGUCUAGUGACUGCUUCGGCGAGCAGUGCUAAUGAUCCUUUACCACGGAUCGGAAACGAACAAGACAAUCUACGCUCUCCUUAUGCUUCUAGGACUGUACAAGGUCUCCAGCUUGCAACGAAACCACCUCCACUGUACGAACUGAUCUCUUCCUCCAGAUGGGGUUCGCGUGCUUGGACAUAUCAAGAGAAUGUGCUAUCUCAACGGCGGCUAUAUGUCACCAACGCGCAAGCUUAUUUUACAUGCCGCCACGACUCUAUGUUCAGUGAAGCCCGUGGCUCUGAGCACUCUCAACGUCUUUCGGAGGUGACAUAUUUUAACAAGGGUCACGUGUAUGGCAAGCAGAACGUGACAAACUUCGAAGUUUACUCAAAGGCUGUGGAAGAGUAUACGACGCGAGAUAUGGCCUUACAAGAAGAUGCCUUAAAAGCCCUUACCGGAGUGCUGUCAUAUCUACAGACAUCGUUCAGGGGCAGUUUCUUGUAUGGCUUGCCAGACACCGAGAUUGACCAAGCACUUCUCUGGCGUCCACGUGAUAAUGCAAUUCGUCGAAAAGAUCGGACGGGACGCUACUUGUUCCCUUCCUGGAGUUGGGCGGGUUGGAUUGGUUCCGUUGAAUUUGAGCAGAAUCUGGCCAUAUCACGAGUCAAAUGGAAGAAUCCACACACUGGAAAGUUCUUCUCAACUGAGAGUUUUCGGCGUCCGGACUCUGAUUCUAUAGACUCGUGCUGGUAUCGAGAUACGUGGUCAGAAGAAGACAUACACGGAUCGAUAUAUGUGUCAUCUGGCGGGUUCGACGAAAAUGGCAAAAUGGGGGAGAUGAGGUACCUCCAUCCCGUCGCGGAUUGUGCAAGCACAAAAGAUUGGAUGUUUUUCGAUAUUAAGCAGCGGUUACAAUUCCGAGCCUUGUUUUGCUGUUUCAAGAUUAACCGACAACAUGACAGAUAUGCGAGUUGUUCUCGAGGCAUGCACAAUGUGUGUGCGCUCAAAAUCUUCAGUUUCUCAGAUAAUCAAGUCGGAACGAUUCACGUACCUGGAUCCAUCGCGGCGUUGCUCCAACCGGGGGCCUUCGAGUUUGUGCGUCUCUCAAGAACUCGGCUCAAUGAGGAUGACACGUCCCACAAUCAGUUUCCCGCAGAUUACGACGAAUUUGGUGGCCUGGCGAUUCCACAGGCACACUCAGGGCAGAAAUUUGAACCAGACUACCAUCCUAAUCUCUUUCAAUUCGAUACUGAGAAAUUUGACCACACCGUGCCCUGGUGUGUCUACAACGUUAUGCUCAUCGAAACAAAAGAUGGCAUAUCACAACGCCUUGGGAUUGGAAAAGUCCAUAUGGAUGCGUUUCUGCAGGAGUCACCAGUGUGGAAGGAAUUCAUAUUGGAAUGAUUCAAGAUUUUGAAGAAGCGGUCUUCGUAAUCCAAGUGUUGGAUUUUCUUUGACACCAAGCCCUUUUCCCGAAACAUCAGUCCCCGAGCUUCUUCAGUCAACGAGUUAUGCUUGUUCGUAUGCUUUUGACCUCUCAGAAUGAUCACAGGAGGAUAUUCUUUGGAACGAACUUGGUAUCAUACAACUCUU